GCCGCCUAUAUUUUUAAUUCUACUAUCAGUUCAAACCAUUGUAAGAAUCUUCUCCCUCCAAACAGAAAAACAACAACUCGCCAAUACGUCAUGUAUAUGCAAGUAUUCAUCCUUCUUCUUCUGGUCAUCUUUGCCCAAGGAUUUCCUGGCAAUGCUGCCAUUGAAAAGGAAACAAACAAAUGGGGGACAGAGAUUUCCUUUUGUACCUACAAAGGUAUUAAGUUCCUGCCCGGAUCGCAGUGGUCAACAACGGACUGUGAGGCCUGUUCAUGCUUCGACGACGGACUCUUCUGUGAAGGAUUUGGUUAUGCUGCGGGGGUAUUUGAUGCACCUGAAGGUUGCAAGACUGUCAAUGAUGGCUGUCAGCCAAGGGUGGUGAAAAAGGAUGAUGAACUGAAGGACUGUCCGCUACCAUAGUAACACAUCCUUCAUGUAGAAUGCACUCCUGAAAGCGGAUAAACAUGAAGAUAAUU